AUGCCCCCCUUCCUGCUGCUCAGCGUGUCGUCCUGCGCGGUGCUGAGCUGGGCGCUGCUGGGCAGCUGCGGGCCGGGGGCCCCGGGGGGCAAGGCCAAGGAGGAGGAGGAGGAGGAGGAGGAGGAGGAGGGGAGGCGGAUCGACGCGCUGGUCCUGCUGCCCCGCGACGACGCGUACCUGUUCUCCCUGGGCCGGGUGCGGCCGGCCAUCGAGUACGCCCUGCGGAGCGUGGAGGGCGCCGGCUACCGUUUCCAGGUGGCCUACGAGGACUCGGCCUGCGGCAACGGCGCCCUGUUCCGCCUGGUGGACCGGGUGGCGGCGGCCGGCGGGGCCAAGCCCGACCUGCUGCUGGGCCCCGUGUGCGAGUACGCGGCGGCGCCCGUGGCCCGGCUGGCGUCGCACUGGGACCUGCCCAUGCUGUCGGCGGGCGCCCUGGCCGCCGGCUUCAGCCGCAAGGACGGCGAGUACUCGCACCUCACCCGCGUGGCCCCGUCCUACGCCAAGCUGGGCGAGAUGCUGCUGGCCCUCUGCCGCCAGCACCAGUGGGCCGGCGCCAGCCUGGUCUACAGCGACGACAGGCUGGAGCGCAACUGCUUCUUCGCCCUGGAGGGCGUCCACCACGUCUUCCAGGAGCAGGGCCUGCGCACCUCCGCCUACGGCUUCGACGACAGCCGGGGCCUCGACGCCGACGACAUCGUGCGCUACAUCCAGGGCGGCGAGAGAGUGGUGAUAAUGUGCGCCAACAGUGACACUAUCAGAAGCAUCAUGCUAACUGCACAUCGACAAGGAAUGACCAACGGGGACUACGCUUUCUUCAAUAUUGAACUCUUCAACAGUUCUUCAUAUGGAGAUGGCUCGUGGAAGAGAGGAGACAAACAGGACCUUGAAGCUAAGCAAGCGUACUCAUCCCUCCAAACAGUUACCCUACUGAGGACAGUGAAACCUGAGUUUGAGAAGUUUUCCAUGGAGGUGAAAAGUUCUGUUGAGAAACAAGGGCUCAAUGAAGAGGAUUACGUCAACAUGUUUGUCGAAGGAUUCCAUGAUGCCAUUCUCCUCUAUGUCCUGGCUUUACAUGAAGUAAUCAAGGCUGGUUAUAGCAAGAAGGAUGGAGGGAAAAUUAUUCACCAGACAUGGAACAGAACAUACGAAGGAAUCGCAGGACAGGUAUCCAUAGACGCUAAUGGAGACCGAUAUGGAGAUUUUUCAGUGAUUGCCAUGACGGACCCAGAGGCAGGCACCCAAGAGGUGAUUGGUGACUACUUUGGGAAACAGGGCCGUUUUGAAAUGAGGCCGAAUGUGAAAUAUCCAUGGGGCCCUUUGAAACUGAAGAUAGAUGAAGCCAGAGUUGUAGAGCACACAAAUACCACACCGUGCAAAUCAUCAGGGGGUCUAGAGGAAUCAGCAAUCACUGGAAUUGUUGUGGGAGCCUUAUUAGGGGCUGGCUUACUAAUGGCCUUCUACUUUUUCAGGAAGAAAUACAGAAUAACCAUUGAGAGACGAACCCAGCAGGAAGAGAGUAACAUCGGCAAGCAUCGGGAGUUACGGGAAGAUUCCAUCAGAUCCCAUUUUUCUGUGGCAUAAAGGAAACUGCCCCAUUCUUCCUGAAAUGCUGCAGGGACGUGGAAGCGAUGAAAGAGAUCAAUGUAACAGAAGGGGCUCAUGAAGAACUCAUUCUUUUCAGCAGUUACAUUUUGUUUAAAUUUUCUUAGAAGCUCAGGAAUGAUUUACUAAUCACAUUAUGCCAUAUGGCCUUUCAUCUCAUUACAGAGCAAUAUAAAGAUGCCGUGUUAAUGUAUACGAUAUUCAUAAAGUGCUAGAAGGUCCCCCGAUCCAUUUACUAGGUGCAGCAGUUCGGAUUUAAAUCCAACACUGUCUCUUUUUGACCCCCUCCUGCUGGCCCUGACUCUGGAGGAUUCUUCCUUUACUGCAAGGAAAUUAAAAUGUGGUUUCUUCACUUGGUGUGCUGCUCUAGAAGUAGAAUAAAGCAUCUUGGAGGAUAGCUUAAUCUUGGAAAGGAUUUUGCACUCAAAAAGGACACAGCCGUUCUAAGAAAUCGACAGGACGGAGAUUAGUGUCAUUCUCUUGCUGCAGAUGGUAUUGAGGUAAAAAAACUGGCUCAUUCUUCAGGCAACGUAUAGUUCCAGACUAUAAUUGUCUGCAAAGAAGGCUGUCUCCCCACCCCCUUCAGCAGCUCUUAGUGUAGUGAAAGUGUAAAUAGAAAUGGGAUGAGAGUGUUUGUACAGGAAAAGCAAUUCUGAUUUUUUAAAAAUUUAAAAAAAUCUAUUCCACACUAACAUUUUAUUUUUAGGUAUUUCUAUCUUGUAUUUUGCUAUUAGAAAAUGUGUCUAUUUUUUCAUUUUUUAAGAUUAAAAUUCAAAAAACAGUGAAGGAAUUGAAUAUUUUUAAAAUGUGAGGAACCUACCCAAGGAGACCUAAGGAUGAAGCUUCAAGUGCCCUGGUAUAUGGGUGCUUCUUUCCUCCCACUCCUGCCAUCUUUGGCCUGUACAGAAUCAGAACCCUUGGCUGAAAAACAAAGGGGCAGAAACAUGUCCAGGUUACAGGUCCAAAAAGAGUACAGCAGCUUAGCUGCUGUUGAAUAUUGAGUCAUUUUAGAGAGAGACAAUUCUUCACCUUCUUUUCCAGGAGGAAAUCUAAGUGGGCUGCUACACAAGCAUAGGUGAGCUACUAAGAUUAAACAGGAUCAUCAAAGGGACAAGGCUUCUCUCACAGUUGAAUACAUGAAGAAUGAUAAUAAGUACGUAGAGCCAAGUCACACAGGCGAUUAAUUCUUAUAAAAAGAACUUAGAGGCUUGAUGCAGACCAUUCUGACUAGACUCCCUAGGUGGGCCAAAGUCUUCAGGAAAAAAAACAUUUUGGCAUCUGCUACCUGCUUUUGUACCCCUGAAUCUGCAUCUCCAUCAAGUCUUAUUUAUUUAGCAACAUAGUAAAUCAACUUUUAGCUUGGGACCAAUAGGAAACAAGGAAAUAGGUAGAAAAUGGAAAAAGGUCAGAAUAUUGGCUUACCCUAUAAACAUCUCCAAAUCAUACCAGCUGCAAUUAUAUAAAGAUAAGCCUUUCCCCUGAACAGCCCUAAGCACUUGGGAUGUUUCUCAUUAAUCUACAUAUUGAUUUGUCUGAGGUAUCAAACAUCAUGGUGCCACAGUUUUAAACGUAACUCAAAUCUUGCUCAACCUAGUUCACUUCUUUCUCCCUCAGACAUUCAGCUUCUGCUACCAACCACUUCUUUAAAAGUGAGUGGCUAAUGUUUCCAUACAAUUUCAUAUUUCCCUUCUUUUACUUCAAAGUAAACUAUCAUGUAAGCAAAAGAAGUGACAUUAAAAAACCUCCAGGUUUUGUUUUCAACUGUUCCAACUCCAGAUAAACCUAGUUGCACUUCUUUAUGCUGUUAGUCAGGCUUUAAUCAGAGUAAGGAAACAAACCAAAAAGCUUUUAUUCAUUGUUUUUCAUGCAUCUUGAAGUUAAUUUUCUUUCAGUUACAUCUAUUUUGUAUAAUGGGUAAAAAACAUGAGUGACUGUUUUACCUCCUCUG